GGCCUACGCUUUCUCCUCCGCCGGUCGUCCCCAACGGCCCAACCUCUCGUCGGCCGUGUUGACCUGACCUGACCCAUUGAUUAACCGCCCCACCGCGCUUACCAUUUUCCUCCCUGCAAGAACUGUCUCGAGGGGCACGUCCUAGAUCGGUGGCGCCUCCUCCUCGCCGCCGCUGCUGGUGCCUCUCCAGCAGUUCUUUUUUUUUUUCUCUCCUCCUGUUGAUUCUUGGAGGGGUUUCUUGCCUCCUCCUCCUCCCGCGGUUCUUGAGGCAUGCAGAGCCAGAUCGUGUGCCAUGGGUGCAGGAGCCUUCUACUCUACCCGAGAGGUGCCCCCAGCGUGUGCUGCGCGAUAUGCCACGUGGUCACCAGCGUGUCGCCUCCAGGAAUGGAGAUGGCUCAACUUAUUUGUGGUGGCUGCCAAACUUUAUUGAUGUAUACUCGCAACGCAACAACUGUUAGAUGCUCAUGUUGUGACACAGUCAAUCUUGUGAGACCAGUGAGUAAUGUAGCUCAUGUGAACUGUGGCCAGUGCCAAACAGUGUUAAUGUAUCCAUACGGAGCAUCGUCUGUCAAAUGUGCCGUCUGCAACUUUAUCACAAAUGUUUGGGUAUCUACUCUAAGACCUUUGCCACCUACGCUACCUGCACCAAGUGGAAAUUCAUAUAACAUCCCUUCAACUUCCGCUCCGACCAGUCAAUCACAGAAUGUAACUGUUGUCGUUGAAAAUCCAAUGACAGUAGAUGAAAAGGGAAAACUGGUGAGCAACGUUGUAGUUGGGGUUACAACUGGCGGGAAAAAGUAAUGUACCAUCACCCAGUGCAGCUUUGUUUUAUGUUUAAUAUCUGAAAAAAGUUGGAAAUACCUUGUAUUAUACUGCCGUUUGGUGAUCGAUCCCUUGACGAAGGACCCCCGAAGAGCAUACAGGCACAGCGCGCCUUUGCCUCUGCGAUCACGCCAGAACGAAAAAAGUGCGGGUGUGGAUACUAACUAAGAAACUGUAGCUUAUUACCCUUGAUUCUUUUGUAUGUAUAAUAUGGGCUCUGUUAGACUUCAAUGUGUAAUCAAAUCCUCUCCCGUGGGCUCUUGCUGCCUUCUCAGUGAAUAACAACAACGAAAUACAUUGCAAAUGGCUCUUGAAAUACAGUGUGUUUUAUUAAUCUGGAUGUGGAUGAGAGUUGAUCUGGUAAA